CUAUAGUGAGGGUGCUGUACACAGUAUCGCCGGCUGAACGUGGAGGACUGAGCGGACGCUAUGCAGUAUACGGGUAGCCAGUACUGUGGUGAAUAUGUUAAUGGAAGGUAAGGAAAGGACUUUGUAAACGCAUGGCAAUAGGCCUGCAAGAAGAUGGAACCGAUAUUAGAAGAAUCAGAGGACAACUCCUCCCUACCCCAGCCUUGUCAUACCGGCGUCUGUUAUAACAAGAAGCCCCCCUGCGGUGUCCUCAAGCCAACCCGACGAGGCCCAACUAAGCCUGAGCGCGCUUCCACCAGCCGGCCCUAUCAGGACAGCGCCGCCCUCUCGACCAAAAUGGAAGGUGAGGCCAUCUACAUUCUCCCCACGGAUACAAAAUAUAAAGGGCUAAUGAAAGAUGGAAUGUUUCAUGGCAAAGGAACGCUGUACUUUCCUAGUGGGAGCAAAUAUGAAGCCACGUGGGAAAAAGGAAGAAUCAUAAAGGGGCACUAUACCUUUGCUGAUGGCCUAAAGUACGAUGAAGAACAAUGGCAUUAUUGUGAUGGCUAUGAUAGAAGAUUUUACACUGAAAUCUGUGAAGGUCUGAAGCCUGCAGGAAUUUCUCAGCUCACCAACUUAGACCCUCCUCGAAGAAUUCCUGAAGGUUGUUAUGAUUGUGGAGAUGGAUUCUAUGACCCUGAAACUAGGGUGGUCAGAGACUACAGGAAUCGGUUCUUGAGAAAUGCAGAUGAUGAUGAACACGAAUGGAUCAUUCGGACCUGUCGGAAAGGCUGGGAUGAGUUCAUUGAACACAGAGCUAAACUCUAAACAGCCUUACCAUUUCUGGGAUCAAUGGGUAGAGUUCUUGAUAUUGAUUAUCUUUCUAGUAGGAAAUACUAACAGUUUUGUUGUUUUGCCUGUUUAAAUAGAAAUAAAGGCCUUUGGGGUUCACUGCA